UGCAUUUAGUAUUACAUUUUGUUACCAGUACUGAUGUACAUUGAAAGUUUCUACCGCAAGCUAAUUUGAACAAUAUGAAUUCGAGUUUAGGAAUAUAUUUUAUAGUGAUAUUUAUUACACAUGUUUUUACAGCAGAAAGCUCAACAGAUUAUGUUCGAGAUACAUAUUUGAAUGCGCUCCAGAGCUCUCAUCAAUCUAGUUCUGGUGGCAAUAUUGGAUACAGUUACUUACCCCCCUCUAAUAAUAAUUUACAACCAUCAAAUGAAAUAUAUGGCCCGCCAAGUCCAGUUUACGGACCUCCUACGAUCCAUCAACCUGUCAUAUAUCAACCUCGAGACCACUGGUUUUUAGAGAAACUGAAGAAGAAAAUAAAUUUGUUUACAAUUGGAAAGAUAAUAUUAAAACUGCUGAUUUUCAAAAAGAUUAUCAAAUUUAUUGGAGUUAUUUGUUUGCUCCUUUUUCUUCCGAAAUUAAAACAUUUAAUAAAGGAUGAUAUGUCAAUGGAGGAGAGCAGUGGAGAAAGAAGAAGUCUUCUAACAGAAAAGGAUGCACUGAAUAAACACAUUGACGAUUUGCAAGAUAUUAUAUUAAGGUCAAUUAAUUAAUACCAAAUUUAUCAAACUGUUAAAAGUGUAUUUACAUUUAUUAUUUAUUUCUUAUAUUUAUGAAUUAUAAUAUAUUUUAUUUUUAAUAUAUAUUA